AGAGACACACAGGAGACAGGAAGCUGAUCUGCAAGAUUUCCGAGUUGUGCUAAAAGGACUUUGAUUUUUUUUUUUUUUCCUUUACAAACGCUGGCAAUUGACAUCACUACGGACAGCCGGGUAGAGAACAAACUGCCUCAUCCCAAGUGGAUCCCAGGCGAGAGCUGGGGAGGCUGUGUGGGGUUUUUCCUACAGAUCCCCCACCUCCCUCUUUUUUUGGUGUGUUUCUUUUUAAAAUUCUUGCUGUGUUGGAACUAGUGAGUGGUGGAAGACUCUCCGAAGCCUCAUCAGUCAUCGGGACUGUCAGGAAUAGUGGUUCCAGAGGAAGCUCGGCCUGGGGCACAUACCCUGUCAUCCAGUUCCCUGCCUCGGAGAUAGAGAUUCCAGCUACAUGGGCAAACGCCUGGAUCAGCCACAAAUGUACCCCCAGUACACUUACUACUAUCCUCAUUAUCUCCAAACCAAGCAGUCCUAUGCACCAGCUCCCCACCCCAUGGCUCCUCCCAGCCCCAGCACAAACAGCAGCAGCAACCACAGCAGCAGCAACAGCAGCGGGGAACAGUUGAGUAAAACCAACCUGUACAUUCGAGGCCUCCCGCCAGGCACCACUGACCAGGACCUAAUCAAGCUGUGCCAACCGUAUGGAAAAAUCGUAUCCACAAAGGCAAUCCUUGACAAAAACACAAAUCAAUGCAAAGGGUAUGGUUUUGUAGAUUUUGACAGUCCGGCAGCUGCACAGAAAGCGGUAGCGUCUCUCAAGGCAAAUGGCGUGCAGGCACAAAUGGCCAAGCAACAAGAGCAAGACCCAACAAACCUAUAUAUCUCAAAUCUCCCCAUUUCUAUGGAUGAACAGGAGCUUGAGACUAUGCUGAAACCAUUUGGACAUGUCAUUUCCACAAGGAUACUAAGAGAUGCUAAUGGAGUCAGCAGAGGCGUUGGCUUUGCCAGAAUGGAGUCUACUGAAAAAUGUGAAGUGGUAAUUCAACAUUUUAAUGGAAAAUAUCUGAAAACACCACCAGGCAUCCCAGCCCCUAGUGAGCCUUUACUGUGCAAAUUCGCUGAUGGAGGACAAAAGAAGCGACAGAAUCAAAGUAAAUACACCCAGAAUGGAAGGCCUUGGCCCAGGGAAGGAGAGGCUGGCAUGGCUCUGACCUAUGACCCCACAGCCGCCAUACAGAAUGGAUUUUAUUCUUCACCGUACAGUAUUGCAACCAACCGCAUGAUUCCACAGACACCCAUCACGCCAUUCAUUGCUGCUUCCCCUGUCUCCACAUACCAGGUCCAGAGUACUUCAUGGAUGCCUCAUCCGCCAUACGUUAUGCAACCAACAGGUGCUGUGAUUACGCCAACAAUGGACCAUCCUAUGUCAAUGCAGCCAGCAAACAUGAUGGGCCCCCUGACACAACAGAUGAAUCACCUUUCGUUGGGCACAACAGGAACGAUUCAGUCCCAAGACAGGAUUAUGAUACUCCACCAGCUGUUGUGUCAGUAUAUGACUGCCGCCGCUCCUAUGCAAGGGACCUACAUUCCCCAGUACACGCCUGUGCCUCCGACAGCUGUUUCCAUUGAAGGUGUUGUUGCUGAUACCUCUCCCCAGACAGUGGCACCUUCAUCCCAGGACACAAGUGGUCAGCAGCAGCAGAUAGCAGUGGACACAUCCAACGAGCAUGCAUCUGCAUAUUCUUACCAACAGUCAAAACCAUAAACAAGACCGAAGGAAGAAUGUCCGUCUGAAACUCUGCCUUGAAUGAAGAAACUUCACUGAACAAGAAGUUGGCUUCCAGUUUUGCACAGGCGUCAACGGAAUGCUUUUUUUUUUUUUUAAUUUUCUACUUUACUCAAUGAAAACAACGUGUUUUUAUGUGCUGUGCAAGUGGUUCCUUCAUGUGGUCUGACAGUUUAUUUUUGCCAUCAUUCUUUUUAAAGAAAAAAAAAUAUCCCGGAAGAGGACAACAACAACAACAAGCAAACAAAGCAAAACAUGGAAGGUUGACAUUUAUCUGGAAGAACAUUUGAAUUCAGAAUUUAUCUGAAGGUGUAGAUAGAUUUUUUUUUUGUUUUAAACGGAAAAUCUGAUGUCAAGAGGUGGGCAAGCAGAAAUGGAAACAAAUUGUCUUCCUCAGUAAUUAAGCUACUCUUUCUUUUUCCCUUCUUGUUUAAAUCUAGUGGGUUUUUUAUUUUUUAUUUUUCUUAGAAAUAUUUAGGUAAGGUUUAUCUUGAAUCUUAAUUGCCUUAAUUUUAAGGACGUCAAAGGCUCUCGAGGCAAGCUCUCAACGUCUUGUUUAAAAAAAAGAAAGAAUUGAAAUAUUGUGCCAGCUUUCACUGGUACAGAAGUUUAAGACUAUGAGUUUUUAGGGUGAAAAAAAACUGUACAGUUUAAAAGAAAAUGUUUUUCUUCAUUUGAAGAAAAUUUGUUGAUAAAAGAAACCAUGGCAACUGUAAGAAUUGGGAAAAUGCUGGGACUUCUCAUGAACUUUGUCUUAAGUGUUGAAUCAUUCUAGAAGGCUAAAACAUUUUACAGUAAAGUUAUUAACGCUGGUUUCAAAACAACUGCAUUAGAAAUAAUGCGUGUUUGGGGGGCAGAAUGCAGAUUUUUUUAUUUCUGAAGCGUGAUGGCUAGCAAAAGCUUUAGUGCUUUUUAUCUGCAGUCUUUUUUAUGAGCUUUACAAACUUUUUAGUCAGCUUUGCUUGUCACAUUGCAAAACCUAGCUUAAGAGCAUUUAAAAAAAAAAACAAGUAGAUAGGAGCUUAUGGUCAAAAAGUGAAAAAAAAAAACAAAAAAAAAAACAAAAAAAGCAA